GAAAGACGCCACUAGGUCGCAUUAACAUCGGUGCCAUCGAGUUCACACAAUAUGAGGAGCACAGCGGCAGCCAAAACCCAACUCCACAUCUUUCGUUUUGGUGCGACUGACUAUUUUGCACCCGCAUAAUGUAACAAUAAACGACACGUUACGACCUACGAGGAUAGAAGCCAAACGCUGGCUUUUAUUUUGACUGCAAGAAUGUCGUGCGGGGAGAACUGACAAUACGCCGUUUCAGCUCUCAUAUGGAAGAUCGGCUGCUCCGGCUCGUUUCCGUGGAUUGCUGCCCUUGUGCUUUUUGCAUAUACCCCUUUUUAAUCGCCAUGGAUGUUUAGAUUCGGUUUCUUGAACCUCUUUCGUCUGUUCGAGCUGUGAAAAGAAGAGGCUCCGCCGAUCGGGAUAACACACACUGCUGCCUACCUCGACAUAUUGCUACCAGGGAUUUAAAUAAUCACGUGCUACAACAACGGAAAGAUUUUUAUCGGAAUUGACUUGGCCUUCCGAUCUUUAAUGAAUUCAAUCUGGAGAGCAAAAUGAGUAGGGAAAGGCCGAAGAGAAAUAUCAUUCAAAAGAAAUUUGAUGAUAAUGAUGGAAUCCCUUGGUCAGAAGAGAGGGUGGUCCGCAGGGUGCUGUACCUCUCUCUUAAAGAGUUCAAGAGAGCUCAGAAGAGACAAGUGGAUGGCUCCACUGGAAUGGUUAAUGGCUCCUUUGCAAAUGGUCAUUUAAAUGGUUCGGGGUCUAAAGCUGGGCUGUAUGCUGGAAGCUGUAAGUCAGACAGGACACAGCAUACAACUCAGAGCAAAGACUGCAGCCAUGAGUAUUCAAUAGAUGAGCCUGUCAGAAAGAGGCCCAGACUGCGGGCUCAGAGGAAGUUUGCUCAGUCUCAUCCCUGUUCUCCCACUUCCACCCCAUUGAAGGUGCUGGAGGUCAUGCCCCCAAGCCCCGCUGCCCUUCUCAACCCCCUCACAAAGCGCAAACCCAAAACGGAAGACUUUCUCACCUUCCUUUGUCUCCGAGGCUCUGCUGCGUUGCCCAGCAACAUAGCAUACUUUGGUAGCGCUAAAGAUGAGGAAGAUGUAGAUGAGGAAGAGGAAGAGGAAGAAGAAGAAGACAGUGUUUGCAGUGCUUCUGCCUCCUGCCAGUCUACUCCACGCAAGAGCAGAGGACCCAGCAAGUGCAAUGCCAACGGUCAUGUGUUUAAUGGACAGACGCGAGCUGCCGAGGAACAAGAGAGCAGUUUGAGGGCCAAACGGAAAGAAGGAAUCCAGGGGAAGGAGAAAAACUCCAUAACAUUAGCUAGGAGCUCCACAAAACACAAUUUACGGCCCAGCAGGUCUGUUCAGGAAAAAAAACAACAGUCCUCCAAAAUGAACGGAACAUCGGGAACCUCCGCUGUCCACUCGAGAAAGACAAGAGAACUCCGCACUCCCCCGACCAAAGCUGUGAAAUACCCCAAGGGCCAUGUGACGUACACCAAAGCCAGACUGCUCAAAGAGGCCAAGCUCAGCCUGAGCGCACACGAAAGGCAGCUCAGCUCGCACCACACCAACCCUCAGCACUCCAACUCAGGAAAAGCCCGAACCAGCCACGCCAAGAUGCAAAAACAGGUGCUAUCACCAGCCUCCACCAGGAGGCUGAGCCAGACCGACGCGUUCCCACCCAGACGAAAUGGACUGAGACAGUCAAAAAGGCAGCUGGAGAUUAGUCUGAGCAGAGCAGAGGUUGAGGUGAAAAAGGUAAAAAUGCAAGUCCUUCCCUUGAAUACACGGAGUAGGAAAGCAGCUCAGGAGACACCAGCACCCGGUAGCCAUGCUAAACGGUCGCGAGCGCAAGCAGCGGGAUCGCAGAGACCCAAACGGACCACUGCGGGGAAGCGUAUGAUCACCAAACAGAAACACUGUAAAGCCACGGUUCAGGCCAAGAACAGCCCCACUACCUCAACGCAAGACAUUAUAAAACCAGCCAACCCCCCAAAAACAAACUCUUCUGUAAAACAAAUCAGUCCUGAGCCCCUCGACCCGGCCGAGCCUAAAGAGCGAGGCAGGCGUGGUACGGUGACUGAGGCGAUGGCGGUUACAGAGGUUCCCGUUUUUCAUCCUGGCACAAGAGAGUUUCACGACCCUCUGGCUUACAUGGAGUUUGUGCAGCAGCAAGCAGAACCGUUCGGGUUGUACCGGGUUGUUCCGCCAGCAGGCUGGCGUCCCGAGUGCAAGCUUAAAGAGGAGAUGCGUUUUGUGUCGUACGUGCAGCAUGUGCACAAGUUGGGCAGACGCUGGGGACCGAAUGUACAGCAACUGGCCUGCAUCAGGAAACACCUGAGGACACAAGGCAUUAAUAUGGAGGAGCCUCCACUCAUAGGUGGGUGUGAGUUGGAUCUGGCCCGAUUCUUCCAGCUUCUAAAUGAAAUGGGAGGCAUGCAGCAGGUGACAGACCUAAAAACAUGGGGCCGGCUUGCUGAUCUGCUGGGCAUCCCACGCUCGGCUCAAGAUCGUCUCGCCAAGCUCCAGGAGGCUUACUGCCAGUACUUGCUCUCGUAUGACUCCCUUUCACCAACUCAGAGGUCUCAGCUUGAGAAGGAAGUGCUGACAGAAAAGCAGUCCCUAGAGAGGAGAAGCGGACCCCUGGAGGGUCAGGGAGACAUAUCACAGCAUGCUGCUCUGCUGCUUCCACGCUGCGAGCCUAAAAACGGUUUGGUGAACGGGGCGUUGCACAGGAGCGGAACACGCGAACAUCUCAGAGAGCUGGAUCCCACGGCGAAGAGCAGCCGGCUGAGAAGACUAGAGAAGAGAGAAGGGGAUGAGGGCGUGCUAAGUGAACCGUACAAGUGCAUAUACAGGGGGAAAUCAUUCUCUCUCACAACAUUCUUCAGAGCAGCCAGGAAUACCAUGAACAUGUGCUUCAGUAAAGAACCAGACAUCGCUGAAGUUGAGAGAGAGUAUUGGAAAUUGGUUGAGGAAAAGGAAUGCCAUGUCGCUGUGCAUUGUGGAAGGGUUGACACAAAGACUCAUGGGAGUGGAUUUCCUGUGAGCAAGUCUGAGCCGUUUUCAAAGCAUGGGUGGAAUCUUACCGUCCUUUCCAAUAACUCAGGAUCCAUCUUACGACAUCUUGGUGCUGUGCCAGGAGUGACCAUCCCCUGGCUGAACAUAGGCAUGGUCUUUUCUACCUCAUGCUGGUGUCAGGAACAAAACAGCCUUCCGUAUAUAGAUUACCUACACACUGGUGCUGACUGCAUUUGGUACUGUAUUCCAGCUGAAGAGAAAUCAAAACUUGACAAAAUAGUACACACACUGCUGCAGGCUAAUGGGACACCAGGGCUGGAGAUGCUAGAGAGGAACAUUAUGAUUUCUCCAGAGGUGCUCCGUCAAAAGGGGGUGAAAGUGUACCGGACAGUUCAACAGAGCGGGCAGUUCAUGGUAUGUUUCCCAGGAACCUUUGUGUCUAGGGUGUGUUGUGGCUACAGUGUCUCUGAGACAGUGCACUUCGCCAACCCCCAGUGGAUGAAACUGGGCUACGAGGCAGCUAAGGAUCUUAAAAGGCGGCAAAUAGAGGAGCCUUUCUCCACAGAGAAGCUCAUCUAUCAGAUCGCUACAUCCGAGCGGGAUAACAAACAGCUCCUGAACGCCAUCUCCGUUCUCAUCAAAGAGCUCAGGGAUGCAGAGAUAAGCCAGCGCAGGGAUCUUUUUGAAGCUGGGCUCCGUCUGUCUGCACGUUACGGCACACAGUGCGAGUCUCCCGCAGACAAGAAGAAGCAGCAACGCUCGAGAUUUCCAGAAGACACAGCUGACAGACGCUGCCAUGCGUGUCAGCAUCUCUGUUAUCUCUCUAUGGUUGUUCACGAGAGCAAUAAUGUGGUUUUCUGUCUGGAAUGUGCUCUUCGAUACAUCCAGAAACGAAGGUCCCCACGUGGCCUCAAAAUGAUGUUUCGUUACUCUGAGGAGCAAAUCAACAGUCUGGUAAAUGGUGUGUGUGGCAAAGCACGGGAGAGAGGUGGAGACAAACUGAAAGCUGACGGCAAGACACCAGCAAAACGAAGUCCCCGAAACAAGAGCUCCGCCCGGGUGGCCUUCUCCUGCUCCUCCCGCGGUGCCCGCUCCUAACCAGACCCUCAGAAACAUUCCUCUUCCAACAUUAUAUUAACUUAAGGCCAUAGUGUCUCCUUUUAUAUCAGGUGUUCCUAAUACUUGUGUACAAAAACUCUUCAAUAAUCUUUGUACCUAGUGUAUAGCAUCAAAACAACAAGCUGUUAUAUUGCACUUUUGUAUUACAGAUACAUGUAGUUACUGGCUGGUUAGGUUCAGAAUAUUGAAUGUAUGGAGGGAAAGAGUUACAUGGGGUUUUAUGCAAACCCAAGAAGCAAAUACACAACUGUUUGGGCCACCUGAGAUAAGUAAGAGUGUUGGGCCUCAUCCGACAAGCACGAAAUCUUUUGCACUAGUAUUGAGAUUGGUUUUUAGAUGAGUAUUUUUUGGGUUGUUUUAGCAUUAAAUUGAGUAUAGAAAUGCGUAUACAUAGAUAUAAAUAUAUCCUAUUCUAUUCCUAUCAUUUGUGUUUAACUGGUGCUGUAGUGACACUUUUCUCCAUGACCCUUACUGCCCGUUUGUCUCCUGGGCUCACCUGUAAAGUCUUAACGUGCUAUCAGGAACAAUAGGACAUAUGUCAGAUUAUAACCCAUGCAGCUGCUGGCAUUGAAGUUCUUCAGCUACAAAUACUGUAUGAGAAGUCUACCGCUUUUGACACUAUUUACAAUUUCACCUGGAGAUCUGAAGGUCUCACACUUGGAAACUUGGUUCUUAAAAGCACAUUUUGAGGCCUUUUACUGAAAUCUUUGGAGUACAAAAAUCUGCAGGAAGUUUGAUGCAGAGGGCAAUUUGUACUUGCAUUUUUUAAAUGAUUUUGAAUAGUAAAAAAUGCACUUUCCCUUUUAUCCCAUAAACGUUUGUCUCCUGGCUUUAUAUUUGUAAUUGGUUAUCAGUGUUCAAUCUUCAACUAUUUGUUUACAUAGAAUAUUAUUGCAAAAUAUCUAAUAAAUAUCUAGAAAAAUCCCCCCAAAAUAUGUUUAUAUGCCAUUAAAAUUGAGCCUUCGAGUUUGGGUGUAUAUGGGUUUGGAUGAGAUAGUCGAGAUGAGGAAAAAGCCUUACUUCUAUAUUGGUUUCUUCAUUGAUAUAAAUUAGAUGUUAACAGGGUUGCUACAAACACAUACAAAUAAGUGCAGCUUAAAUCACUGAAGAAGUAUGUCAUAGUGGUGAUCCCUAGUACUUUUUUUUAUUAAAAAGGACAAAUCUUUUACCCAAAAGUAAACUAGUAGGCCUAGCUACCCAUUGCACAGACUGUCUCAGAGUCCUGUAAUCAUAUGGUAGUUAACUCAGUUCCAAAUGACUGACUUGUAUUUAAGGUUGAAAAUGAACAGUGUUUUCCAAAACGUGGUUGUAUACUUUUUAUGGCCUUAAAUUUUGUUUAUUUGUUGUUCUUUUUCACCCUAUUUGAUACAGUAAUCCUCCUACUGUACUGUUUAUUUAUAUGUAUUGUUGUUAACUCAGUCCUCCAGUCCAGUGGAGACCUUUUUGGUUACUUCUAGAUUUGUUUUUUACUUUUCAUGUUUGUAAAUUUUCAUUUGUUUUAAUAAAUCACCCGUCAAUCCUUCCAGAAA